AUGGCGGUCCUCUCGUUGUUCGCGGGAGCGUCUCCAGAGGCCAGCCUCGGAGAGCUAUGGGGCUUCGAUUGGGCGUUCUCUGGCAUUUCGACAUUCAACCACCUCCCACACUCACGAUGCUUGGUCAACCGCUCUGAAGUGUUCGACAUUGCCAUCGUGGGGGUCCCCUUUGAUUCUCUCACCACCUACCGAUCAGGUGCCCGCGAGGGCCCCAAGGCCAUCCGAUGGGCCUCUGGGCGCCAUCUCUCGGCAAGGAGCUUCCAUCCCAGCCUUCACUUCAACCCGUACGAGUCGUGGGCCGUGGUCCUGGACUGCGGCGACAUCCCCGUCGUCCCCAACGACCCCGUUCUGGCCAUGGAGCAGAUGGGGACCGCGCUGACCGAGCUGCUGUCACGCUCUACAUCGCAUGCAAGCCGCUGGAGGCAUCCUCGCCUGGUGAUUCUGGGCGGCGACCACUCGAUCGUGCUCCCCAUGCUGCGGGCCCUGAAUCGGGUGCGGAACGAGCCCGUCGCGCUUCUGCAUUUCGACGCGCACAUCGACACAAUGGAUCCCGACUCGUAUCCGCGAAAGGGCUGGAAGUCUCGGGCCUCGGAGAUCAACCACGGGACGGUGUUCUGGCAGGCCGCGCAGGAGGGCCUCCUCCGCCCGGGCCGUCUGGUCCACGCCGGUGUUCACGGCAGGGUCUCGAGCCUGCAGGACUUUCGGGGCGACGAUGCCAUCGGCUUCCUGCGCAUCGCUGCCGAGGAGAUUGACGAGGCCGGUCCGGCGGCCAUCAUCCGCACCAUCAACCAUACAAUCGGGCCCGAUGUGCCGGUCUAUGUCAGCAUCGACAUCGACGUGCUCGACCCGGCGUUUGCCCCUGGGACCGGGGCCCCCGAGACGGGCGGCUGGACAUCCCGCGAGCUGAUGCGGAUCAUGACGGUGCUGUCAGAGUUGAAUGUGGUUGGGGUGGACAUCGUCGAGGUGAGCCCUGCGUACGACAGCGCCGGCGGCGACACGGCCUUUGCGGCGGCAAAUCUGGCGUAUGAAGCGAUAUCGCUCAUGGUCCAGCGUGAGAUUGAAACAAGAAGCUCGGAGAAGCAGUCGCAGUCUAGUUCUCAGGCUGAGAAGACGGAGUUGUAA